AACCGUGAAAUUAAUUCUCUCCAUUCUUCAUACAAACAACCAACGAGUAUUCGAAUCAAAAGUCUACUUCUUUUUUAGCCUUUAUUGUGAUAUUUUGAAAUUCUAAGAGCAUCUUCAAUUUUGAAACCUCUCCAUCUCUCACGUCUCAGAGAGCAAACAGAGAGGUUAUUGUGUCGGCGACUGUUUGAAAAGAAGUGCGGCCCCGCCUUUGGUGGUGAGCUGCAAAAGCUUGAGGAAGGAGAUCAGCCACUGAUCUGAGUUGAUAUAAACACCUUCAUUCGAUCCAGAUCUUCUCUCAUUUCUCAAUAUACCAGCAGCAAAUAUGUCAUCAACUUCAUAUCGUGUUGGUAUGUAUUUCCCUUCCGUUUUCGUCACAAUUGCAAUACUCUUGUCUGCACGUGACAGCGCGUCCUGUCCUCCAACAUCGCUGAAGAAUCGUUGGUUCUUGAUAUAUGAAUCUAAAUAUGAGUUAAAGUAUUGAUUACUGACUAUACUAUAGAACUCGCAACUACUGCACGAGCUGGAUGCAAUAAUAUUGAAUGUAAAGAUGCUGGUGUUAAGAUUCAAAAAAAUGAAUUGAGACUUGGUACUUGGGUUGUGAUUGGUGAUCAUGGAGGUUGGCAAUGGAAACAUUGGUAUGUUGAUAUCAUUUAUUCAUUUUUGAUUAAAUUUAUGGUUCAUGCAUAUUUCUUUCAUAUCACAAUGUUCUUUACAUCAUUCAUACAUUUCUACGAGCUGUUACUAAGGUGAAAUUAGGGGAUGUGUCACUGGAAAACAACUUGAAAAUAUGAGAAAUUACCUUGAAGAUGGUGAGGGUGGUUACAUGUGGGAUAAGUUGGAUGGUUAUGAUGAUGGUGGAAAGGGUAGUUUGGAUGAUCAUCCUGAAAUUCAAGAGAAGGUCAGAAGAGUUGUUACUCAAGGAUUUAUUGACCCCGAAGAUUGGAAAGGUGUAUGUAUUUCCAUUUCUUCCUUCUCCCUAAAAAUCCAGAUCAGAUUGCCUAACAAAAAACCAGGAUCCAGAAAUGAAUACGCUUGGCAAAUCAGGAACUCGCACCGCCGAAUCAAAGAAAAAGUUCAAGGAGCAGAAAUCAGCCGACAUGGGUAGUCUAACCGAAAUUCAAGCAAAAUUGGACGCAGCCCUAAGAGAGAAAGAGGUAUUGGUUAAAGAUGGAAAGGAGAAUGGUAUGAAAGUAAAAGCUUUAAAUAAGCAGAUUGCGGACUUUUCGAAGGAAAUGGACAAACGUCGCAAGGAAGAAGAGAAACAAAAUGCGAAUAGAGAAAGAAGUGCGGUUAAAGCUGAGAGCGCUAAUACACCAAAGAAGAGAAGUAGAGUGAAGGAAGAAGAUGUUGAUGAGGAAGAACAAGUGGAUGAGAAACCUGUGAGGAAGAAGAGAGGUGGAAAAGUUAAGAAGGAAGAAGAUUCCGAAGAGGAGGUUAUGCCAGUUAAAAAAGCUCGUGGAAAACAGAUUGUGGUUGAGAAGGAAGAAGAAGAGGAUGAGAAGCCUGCCAGAAAGAAGAGAAGUGGGAACGUUAAGAAGGAGGAGGAUUUGCCAAUUAAGAAAGCUCGUGGAAAAAAUAUUGCGGUUAAGAAGGAAGAAGAAGAGGAUGAGAAACCUGCCGGAAAGAAGAGAAGUGGGAACGUUAAGGAGGAGGAGGAUUUGCCAACUAAUAAAGCUCGUGGAAAAAAUAUUGCGGUUAAGAAGGAAAAAGAAGAGGAUGACGACGACGAAGAAGAAGAAGAAGAGGUAAAACCAGUUCCUACUAAGAAAGCCCUGGGAAAAACAUCUGCAGUCAAGAAGGGAUAUGGACCCAUCCUCACACCAGCUGGCAGAAGUUAUCGCGUCAAAAGAGAAGAUACUGAAGACGAGCAAGAAGCCAAACCCAUUCCCGCUAAGGAAUCUCGUGCCAAGAAACCAGUCAUCAAAAAGGGAGUCAAGAAGGAAGAUGACGACGAGGAUGAAAUCUUAACCAAAUCAGCUCCAGCCGCGAAGAAAGGCCGCAAGAACUCGAAGAAAGUUAAGGAGGAAGAACUUGAAUCAGGAACUCCAGAUCUAGUUUCUGAUGAUGAUACUUCCAGGAAUCAGAAAGCUGAACCACUUGAUGAGGAGAUGAAGGAUGCGGAAGAUGAAGAAGAGGUUAAACCGGUAAAGAAGGCUAGAGGGUAAGUUUUCUGCAUUCUCUUUUUCUAUAUUCUCAGGAUAGAUGAGUGUGUAAUACUAAGGAAUUAAGUAGAAGACCCGCAAAGAAGACAAGAGCUUAAUGGAAUUUCUGCGAAUUUUUACCCUCUAUCAGACAUCGUUUAGCAUGAUGUAUCGAGGUAUUCUCUCAAAUACAAUGAACUGCAUCCUCUUGACUGUAAUAACAAGAUCGGCAAGUCUUCGAUGGGGAAAUCAAUGAAUGGGUAUACCUAGUAUUUAAGGAAAUGGAAUGGAACAGAAUAUUAUGAUAAAAUUUUGAGGAACGGCGUCAUAUGAGCGAAUGAUUGCUAAUUAUGGAGAAGAGCUGUGUAAGAUAAUAAAAUGAAUGGGAAUAAAUUCGGCAGUGAUAGCUGUGGUUGUGCUUGUAGUUGUACUUAGUUGUGAUUAUAAUAUAACUGUCAAAGAGGAUUCCUGGGAAAGAAUUCGGGGAAUGGAUUGUAAGAAAUAGUGAUUUCACAAAUAAA